AUGCCAUCCUUUACAGGAUCCUGCGUCUGUCGCAAGCUUGAAUACAAACUGUCCCUGGCGUCUCCUGAAGAUGCGCGGACCUCGCUCUGCCACUGCCGCAACUGCAAAAAAGCAUUCGGAACUAACUACGGACUAACAACCAAGGUCCCCAAGGACAGUUUUCAGUAUACGAAGGGAAUCCCGAAGCAGCACGCCGCUGAUAAUGGCUCUGGUGUGACCAUCUACCGCGAAUUCUGCGAUACAUGUGGUAGUUUUAUUCUGGAGUAUGGGGAGAUGGCCAAAGAGAAAUUUCGAUACAUCGCGGCCGGUUCUUUCGAUGAUCCUGAAGCAUUACCACCCAAGGGUGAGUUCUUUUGUAAGGCUCGAGCGAGCUGGAUGCCAGAAAUUCCCGACAUCUUUCAUAAAUGGGAAAUUAAAGAGUAG